GGAUUUGCGGGCACGGAGAGCGUGUGGACGAGCCGUGUUCCUGUUGGCAGAGGAGGCUGGCCGCUGAGCCAGGGCGUGACUCCAGGAAGCCUGCCAGGCUGCCCAGAUCGCCGCUCAUCGCCAUGGGGCGCCCGGGCUGACCAGCCAGUUCCUGCUGGAGGCUCCUGGUGUCACCGGGGAGACCAUGUUCAGACCCUCGGACUGUCUGCUGUGGCUGCUCCGGGGCACCCCGAGCCAGCGGGGCUGUACUCUGUUCAUCAUCGGCUUCAAGUUCAUGUUUUUGGUCUCCAUCAUGAUCUACUGGCACAUUGUGGGGGAGCCCAGGAGCCAAGGACAAUACUCUAACCUGCCUGUCGACGUCCCUUGCCCCCAUCUGGUGCCCCCCACCCGCUCCCCCAGCGCCCCACCACCAGGCAGAAUCUUCUUCCUGGAGACCUCAGACCGGACCAACCCCAACUUCCUGUUCAUGUGCUCGGUGGAGUCGGCCGCCAGGGCCCAUCCCGAGUCCCAGGUCAUGGUCCUGAUGAAGGGGCUGCCCGGUGGCAACGCCUCCAGGCCCCGGCACCUGGGCCUCUCGCUCCUGGGCUGCUUCCCCAACGUGCGGAUGCUCCCGCUGGACCUCGAGGAGCUGUUCCGGGACACGCCUCUGGCGGCCUGGUACGCGGCCUCGCAGCGGCGGUGGGAGCCCUACCUGCUCCCCGUGCUCUCCGACGCCUCCCGGCUGGCGCUCAUGUGGAAGUUCGGGGGCAUCUACCUGGACACGGACUUCAUCGUCCUCAAGAAUCUGAGGAACCUGACCAACACGCUGGGCACCCAGUCCCGGUACGUGCUCAACGGCGCCUUCCUGUCCUUUGAGCGCUCCCACGAGUUCCUGGCGCUGUGCAUGAGUGACUUUGUGGCCCACUACAACGGCUGGAUCUGGGGCCACCAGGGCCCUCAGCUGCUCACACGCAUCUUCAAGAAGUGGUGCUCCAUCCGCAGCCUGAGCGAGAGCCACGCCUGCCGUGGCAUCACGGUCCUGCCCUGUGAGGCCUUCUACCCCAUCCCCUGGCAGAACUGGAAGAAGUACUUCGAGGAUGUCAGCCCUGAGGAGCUGCCCCGGCUGUUCAACGGCACCUACGCUGUCCACGUGUGGAACAAGAAGAGCCAGGGCACACGCCUCGAGGCCACAUCCAGGGCGCUGCUGGCCCAGCUCCACGCCCGCUACUGCCCCACAACGCACAAGGCCAUGACGAUGUACUUGUGA